UACGCUCUCCUGUAAACCUCGGUUUUUCAUUUGACCUUAUGUACGUAGGAUUCGUCGAAUUGCACUAGCUUCCGCCAGCGUCUUCGCCCGCAUGGUGUGUGCAUAAAAAGUAACCUAUGUGUUAAUCCAGGGUAUCACCUACAUAUACCAAACGAAAUCGGUUCUGCCGUUUUUGCGUGAUUGAAUAACAAACAUACAUCCAUACAUUCUCACAAACUUUCACAAUUAUAAUAUUAGUAGGAUUUAUAAGUUGAUACAAAAUGCUAUGCAAUAGCUUUACCGCGGAAGUCCCCGAGUGCCACACGUCUUUUUUUAUUUAUUAACGUACGCUUUAAAUUGAAAUAAGUGUUUGCUUACAGAUUUGAUCGAUAUUUAAUAAGCGCGCAAGGGCAUAUGACGCACAUCGGAUGUGGUGCACUGCAGUAUGUGUUCGACAGGAAAUGGUAUAGCAACCCGUCAGCCAAGACAGGGGCAAACAUUGUGUCGGUUGUGUGCUACGGGUCGACGACCACCCGUCCGGGGCAGCCGUAUUUCAACACGACGCGGCCCGUGCUCGGCCACGGGUUCACGCCGAACUGCGGCUGCCCGCGCAACUACCGGGAAGGAGACGGCUGCCUGUGCGAAGAGUAUUUCCCAUCCUCUCUCUCGACACCACCGGUUUACGACAAAGCGACUCACAGUGAUAGAAAACUAAGAGAGUCGACGGUGCUGGAGGCGCCGAGCAGCGCCGCCCCGAAGGCCUGCGGCCGCACGGUAGUGCUGCUGCCCGUGAUCCCCGUGCGCCCUCGCCCCCGCGUGGACCCCCGCCCCCCCGCGCCCCUGCGCCCCCGAUUUGGUGAUGCCAAUAAGAUAUCGAGCGCAAAAUCAAGACAGGAUACAAGCAUGCUCUCCAAUAUUUCGGAAGAACAAACUGAAACGGUACCGUGGGUAUUCAACAAAAUCAGAAGGUCUCAAUUUAAUACUGCUAUUAAUAAAGUGAACGCCUUCCCAAAAGUUCUGACAAGCAGCCCUCUCAUUAAAGAUAUCAUACUCAAUAAUCCAUUUGAUAUAAGAAAUAUUAUGCACCGAGACCAAGCGCAAAUGAGAGAUAGCGAGAGGUUUUUGCAUAGUAACCACGAAUACAUUAAUGUACAACAAAAUACCGAUGACCGCAAUGUGUCUCGACGAGUGGCCGACGAGAACACCUAUUUGAAGCCCCUUCUGGACAUCGUAGACCCGCAAAGACGGCAGCGCCAAUCCGAAGCGGGCACUACCGUAUCUUCCUUAGAGUUAGACGAGUACUAACGCUACAGUGCGCUUUCCUUCGUCCGGGCGCAGCCACUCUGGCGAGGGUGGGCGUGUCACAAUGCUUCAAUGUGUGUACUCGUGUAAGGAAAACACUGUUUGUUUACUAAUAAAUGUAACAUUGUGACAAUUUUUUUGCCUCUUUUACAUACGCCUGUGUUUUAUGUACUUUAUUUUUUUAUUAAUGCACCCGUCAUCACAGGGCAUUGUUGCUCCUACCUGCAGCAGU